AUGGCCGGGUCCAAGUGGAAAGUCGCUGCUGCGGCGAUCUUAGCAUUUGCUCUUGCGGUUGAAGGGUGCAAUAAGUGCGAGAAAGAACAUGCCGACCACAAUGUCAUCACAGUCGUUGUUCACGCAUCCUGCGGUAUUCCAUCGAAGACUACAACCUUGUACCCACCACCAACGCCUCCCUCUGUCACCGAUGUUCCUCCUUGUGGAAGGGAAUGUGUCACGCCGGGACAGUAUGGUGGCUGUGCAGAGGGCGAUGUGAAGUGUAUUUGCAAGAACAAAAGCUACCUUGAGGGACUGAGUACUUGUGUCGCGAGGAAGUGUACUGGACGAGGCGAUUGCCAGAGUGUUAUCGACUUUGCGACCAAAGUCUGCGGCAGUGUGGGCGUUUUCGAUCUACCGAAGCCUUCGUGUGCUCCUCCUCCACCUUCUUACACGGACGUGCCUUCUUGCGCGCAGAGGUGUGUUGUUCAGGGUUCGUAUGGAGGUUGCGCUGAAGGCGAUGUGGCUUGCAUCUGUCGCAACACGCCUUACCUGCAAGACUUGACGGGCUGCGUGUCAAGGGAAUGUACUGGAACGAGCUGCCAAGGUGUCGUCGAUUUCGCAAAGAAUGUCUGUGGCAGUGUUGGCGUUACCAGCCUGCCUAUACCUUCUUGUGCCGCAACCACCACCGCGCGUCCACCUACGGUCACGGAUGUGCCCAACUGCGCCCAACGAUGCGUCACCCAAGGACAGUACGGGGGCUGCGCAGAAGGUGAUGUCGGCUGUAUCUGUCGAAACACGGCUUACCUCAAUGGCCUCACGGACUGCGUUAGCCAGAACUGCAACUCGACUGGAUGCUCUGAUGUCGUCAACUUCGCGAGCAGCGUUUGCGGAAGCGUUGGUGUUACCAGCUUGCCAAUGCCGUCCUGCGCUGCAAGCACAUCUUCAGCUCGCCCGCCUACGGUUACGGAUGUUCCAUCUUGUGCCCAGAUCUGCGUUACAGCCGGCUCGUAUGGCGGAUGUGCCGAAGGCGAUGUCAACUGCAUUUGCAGGAACACUGCAUACCUCGAUGGACUGACGAACUGUGUCAGCCAAAACUGCAAUGCGACUGGCUGUGCUGAGGUGGCUUCGUUCGCUGGAAACCUCUGCAGCAGUGUUGGUGUGACGAGCUUGCCUAUGCCAUCUUCUUGUGGUAUUCCGCCUGUCACCUAUACGACGACUCAGCAGACGGUCGUGGUCACUACAGCUUCGGGCCAGACUGUGACAACGACGCAACAGACUGUUAUCGUCACCACGGCUCCGGGACAGACGGUGACCCUGACUGCUCCUACAACCGUUGUUCCUCCGGCUGAGACUGUCACGGCAAGCACAGCAGUCACUGUCACUGUCAUCUCGACAGCUCCAGCGAGUACGGUCAGCGUGACUGAGACCUACAGCGCUACCACGACCCAGCAGGGACCGACUGAGACGGCGACUACGAUCUACGUCUCCACUGUUCAGACCACGGUUGAGCGCACUGUCACUCUUCCGGCAAGCUCUUACACUACUACCAUUGUUGAAAGUGGAACUACUUACACGCAAGUCACCACCGCACCAGGCAGCACGAUCGUUGAGACUACCGUAGCUUACGUCCCGACGACUGUCUACUCCAUUGGCACUAAUACUCAGACUGCGACUUUGCAGCGGACUGUGACCUCUACUGCUCCAGGCGGAACGGUCACGGCAACGCAACAGGUGACUUCCGUACGAGUCAGCACAGCUCCAGCCUCAACAAUCGUUACCACACUCCGCUCAACAAUCGUGUCCACGGCUCCAGCUCAAACAGUCGUCUCAACCUUCGUUUCGACCUACCGCUCAACGAUAAUCUCCACCGCACCAGCCCAAACAAUCGUCUCCACCGCACCAGGCCAAACCAUCGUAACAACCCGCGUCUCAACAGCCCCCGCCCAAACCAUCGUCUCAACCUUCGUCAGCACCUACCGCAGCACCAUAAUCUCCACCGCCUCCCCCAUAACCACAACCUACAGCGUAACCCGCACAAUCCCCGCUUCAACAGUCACAGUCACCAGCACCACAACUCCUCCAGCUGUGACUGUAACAGUCAGCACGAGUAUCGUGCAAACUACGACGCAGAGGACGAGUGUGGUUCAGACUACGACUUAUAGGACUACGGUUUCGCCGCCGGGUGCUCCGCCGGGGUAUGUUGGGCCUACGACUACGACUACUACUACUACGACGACGAGGAGGACGACUACGUCGACUGCGCAGAAUCCACCGGGGUAUACGCCGCCUGCGCCGCCACCGCCGGGGUAUACUCCGUGA